UUGCUGAAAGACUUGGAAGAGGUUAAAGAGUUGCUUACGAAAGCCACGAGGAAGCGACUUUGUGAUGUCCUGAUGACAGAGAAACACAAACUAGAGCUAGAAAUCAAGAAUCAGCCUCCCCCAAAGCCAAAAGAUGUGGCAGAGGAAGAAAAGUCUUCACUGGGAGGGUACACGGUGAAAAUAAACAAUUAUGGUUGGGAUCAGUCAGAUAAGUUUAUUAAAAUUUACAUCUCUUUAAAUGGAGUCCAGAAGCUUCCAGCUGAGAAUGUGCAGGUGAAUUUCACAGAGAGGUCAUUUGAUCUGCUUGUGAAGAAUCUGAAUGGGAAGAACUACACUAUGACCUUCAACAACCUCCUGAAGCCCAUCUCUGUGGAAGGGAGCUCUAGAAAGAUAAAGACAGACAUGGUCCUUGUGAUGUGUAGGAAGAAGCGGGAGGAAAAAUGGGAAUGUCUCACUCAAGUGGAAAAAGAAAGCAAAGAGAAAGAGAAGGCUGCCUACGACACCUCAGAUCCUAGUGAAGGGCUUAUGAACCUUUUAAAAAAGAUGUAUGCAGAAGGGGAUGAUGAAAUGAAGCGCACCAUCAACAAGGCCUGGGUUGAAAGCAGAGAAAAGCAAUCCAAAGGGGACAUACCAAUGGAUAUUUGAAAGUACUCUAAGGGCCGCCUUAACACUGAUCUUCCAUGUGAGACAUGCUGUGCUGCAAAGAUCAUUGUUUACACAACCUUCUUCCAAGGAAAGACAGUCAUUUUCCAUUUCAGGUUGGAGAAAAUAUUUAAAUAAAAUAGCUUAUAAAGCA